AUGGAUCCAUCUAAUUUGGGAUUCUCGGCAUUGUCAUAUUACGGCUUGAAUAACUUGACUGCUACUAAACUCACUUUGUUUGCUUUACUCAAGAAUUCACGUUCUUUUAGCGUCAGAUCCAAAUCUCUCGGUGUAUAUUCCGGUAAUGUGAAUACUUUCUGUAGCUCAUUCUCAGUUAAAAAUCUGCUCAUUAAUCGCGGUCUUCCAUCACUGCGUGAAUCCUCAAAUCCAUAA